GAGCAGCAUUGUUAAUAGGAGUGUACACGUGGAUGGAAAUUAGGCAAGUAAACCACAUUUGAUUGUCUUGUACACUUUGCUCCUAUUUAUUGGCGGCUGAAAGUUGUGAAGCAGUCCGUCCAACUUCUGUGUGUUCCGACUGACAAGUAAAAGACCUGGGUUUUCUCCAUUUUUCCAAAAAGAUGUGUGCUUUUUUCCUCAGAAAUGGUUGUAAAACCCACCAUUCAUUGCACCAUCUAUGGAGAAGACCUUCCAUUGAACAUUGGAACAUCAAGAACCAUAUUGUUCAACAUUCUAAAGUUUAUUCACGAUUGCCUCAUUCUUCUUACAGGAAAACUAAGGAGCUUGAGUUGUCAAAUCCCAGUUUUCUUGCUUCCUUUUCUGGGGUUUCCUCUUCUUCUGCUUCCAAAGUUGGCUUAGUGGGAUGGUACUUGCAAAUGCUCAACUCCAGACCCAUUCUCACCAAGAGUAUCACUUGCUGCCUUAUUCUUACCGCCGCUGAUUUUUCCUCUCAGACAAUUGCUGGGUCAUUGAUGGAGCAGUAUGAUCUCACACGAACAUUGCGGAUGGCUGGCUAUGGGGCGCUAAUUGUUGGACCUUCUCUUCAUUUCUGGUUCAAUUUUCUGUCAAGGAGCCUUCCAAAGCGUGAUGUUAUCACAACAUUUAAAAAAAUAGCUUUGGGACAGACAAUUUAUGGCCCUGCAGUCAACUCUAUUUUCUUCUCCAUGAAUGCUGCAGCACAAGGUGAAAGUAGUUCAGAGAUUGUUGCCCGACUCAAGCGUGAUUUGGUUCCCACUGUUGUCAAUGGUCUUAUGUACUGGCCAAUAUGUGAUUUCAUUACAUUCAAGUUUGUUCCUGUUCAUUUACAGCCGCUCGUGAGCAACACAUUUUCGUACGUAUGGAAUGUGUACCUGACCUACAUGGCAAGCCAACAAAAAGUCUCUACCGUAUAAGCAGCUGUAUCAUGUCUUCUCUGCUAACGAUUCAUAUAAUCUUCUUGCUAACAAUCUGGGUUGAGCCUGGAGGCAUGACUUUGGAGUGAUUUCAUCGCGGUGACAUGCUAGUUGGUGAAGCAGAACUUCAGCAGAAGCACAGAGGCCAUUGAAUGUGUCAUUUAAGAGAUUUGUCGGACCAUCAUGGUUCUUUUUUUUAAUAUCCUAGUUCUAGUUACAGAAUUCGCAUAUUAAAUUAUCAGCUUUCCUAAAAGAGCAGGCAUAGAUUAAAUUUUGAAGAUUUUGCAAUUGUAUCCUCCUCACUUUUUUGGAAUAGAAGGACCAUAUAUCACAAUUUAUUAAUAUACCACCUUGUUUUGAAUAUCAAA